UUUAGUUGCAGUACUAUUGUCCAGUUUCCUAAGUCCUAACUACUACUGCUCCACUUCUUUGUUUCCGCUCUCAGUCACAAUCUCAGAGAGGAAGCACACACUGCACAAAAAGUGUGACUAUUUCAAGUAACACCAACUCAUAGAUAUACCAACAAAAACAACAACUGGCCCUUCAUAAAUGUUUCUUCGAACCAAAUCGUGAGCUUUUUUCUGCUGUACGUUUCACGGAUUUCUCCAUCACUUCACUGCAUAGGUACAGCCCCUACAAUAUCGAUCUGGCUAAUAGUGUGAAGCUAUUAAGUGAUGGAUGAGCUUGGUAAGGUGACAAUGGAGAUAUUCUCUAAGCUCGAGCAGAAAUGGUUGUACCAGUACGAAGGGAAGAAAACGCGUAUUCUCAGCAUUGACGGUGGUUGUACCACCGGCAUUGUUUGUGGUGCUUCGUUGAUUCAUCUAGAAGACCAGAUCUGUUCAAAAACCGGCGAUCCUAACGGUAGAAUAACGGAUUUCUUUGACAUUAUCGCCGGUACAGGUAUAGGUGCAAUUUUCGCUGCCAUGCUUGUUGCUAACGGAGGUGACGGACGUCCGUUAUUCACAGCAAAGGAUGCUGUGAAAUUCGUAACGGAAAAUCAGUCAAAACUGUUUAAAGCGAAGAAUAACGGUGUUUUUACAAGGAAAAUGAGGUUUUCAGGGAAGAGUAUGGAUAAGGUGUUAAAGGAAGCUUUUACAAGAGAGGAUGGGAGAGUGUUAACGUUAAAGGACACGUGUAAGCCUAUAAUUGUUCCUUGCUUUGACCUUAAAAGUUCAGCUCCUUUCGUUUUCUCACGAGCUGAUGCAACGGAGUCUAUUACCUUUGAUUUCGAGCUAUGGAAAGUUUGCCGUGCCACGUCAGCAAAUCCGUCAAUGCUUAAACCGUUUCCGUUAAGUUCAGUUGACGGAAAGACGUCUUGUUUGGCCGUUGACGGCGGUGUUGUUAUGAAUAACCCUGCUGCUGCGGCGGUAACUCAUGUUUUGCAUAACAAACGGGAUUUUCCUUCUGUGACUAGCGUUGAUGACCUGUUGGUUUUGUCUCUAGGUAACGGUCCGUUAAGCUCACCGUCAAAGUUGAAACUCCGUAAUGACGGUUAUUGCUCUCCGUCUUCCGUCGUCGGUAUUGUUGUUGACGGCGUAUCUGAAACCGUUGACCAAAUUCUCGGCAAUGCGUUCUGCUGGAAUCCUAAUGACUACGUUAGAAUUCAGGCUAACGGCUACACAAGUGGAGGAGUGGGACCGAGAGAAGAAGAGGUGUUGGAAGAAAGAGGAGUAGAGUCGUUGCCUUUUGGCGGUAAACGGUUAUUGACGGAGACUAACGGACAAAGAAUCGGAAGUUUCGUACAACGGCUUGUCAAGAGUAGUUUACCGCCAAGUCCCUGCAAGGAAACUGCCGUCAACCCCCUUACAAACGGACGUUAAGUCAGUUUCUUUGUCUUUUAUAAAUUCACUUUUUGUCCCUUCUGUGUUAGUGCUAAACUCGAGAUUAGUUUUCUUGGUUAAACCCUUUGUCGUGUUACGCCCUUAAUU